GAGCAGAGCAGAGAGGAAAGGUCUGGAAACAUGGAGAUAAAAAAACAUCUACAGGAUGAGGAGAUAGACACAAAAUGACAUAAAUGAGACAGAAAACGACAAAAACAAGAUGCAGAAUGACACAAAACUGAAAAAUUUUAUCACAGAAUCCCCAGAAUGAAGCACAACUGUUUGAAAGAUGCAAAACAAGGAAAACAAGAUGCUAAAGAAAAGAUGAGAGAAAAAAAUGACAACAAAAAACAGACAAAACACAAUAAAAUAGACACAAAACUAGAAUAACUACACAUAAAAUAUAUGAAACAAACAUAAACAAGAAAAACUAAACAAAAUAUGUAAAAUAGACACAAAAUAAGAAACAAAAAUCAAGAAAAAUGAGACACAAAACCAAUAUAAAUAGACAGUUAUAGAAACAAGAUAGAAAACACAACAAAUUGACUGACUGAUUGAUUGAUUGAUUUAUUGAUUGACUGAUUGAUUAUUGAUUGAUUGAUUAUUGAUUAUCAAUCUCCCUGCAGAGUCUCCUCUCCUCCAUCUCCCAGCUCUGUCACACCUGCAGCUCCAGGAUUGGUUGGCUGGAACAGGAAGUCUCCGCCCACCGAAGUCAUGUGACGGCGCUGCUCAGCGAGCUGCAGGACGUCUGUCUCCGUGACAACCAGGCCUUCGUCCCCGUGACAGAAUUUCCUGAAACAAUCCCUUUGGCUGACGUGGACAAACCGCCACCUGUCCUCCUCUCUGAUUGGCCAAAGGACCUGGAAGACAGAAUAAGCCCCGCCCCUCCAGAGAUAAACCCCACCCCCUUGUCGCUGCUCUGCAAACCCAAAGCAAAGAAAGUGACGAAAAAGAAGAAGGUUGGAGGGUCGAGGUAGACGGAGGUGACUGAAUGUUUCUGAUUUGUCCGUCUGGAGGAGGAAACGCUGCAAAGUGAAGAAGGAGAAGAAGAAGAAGUUUCCCUCCAGCUGCUCGGUGACAGAUGCCUGAAGUCCAGAUGUUGGAGUCGUGACAGCGACUGUGACGGAUCAGCAGCUGCAGCUUUAGUUCAAACCUGAAGAACAGGCAAAUGAAACGUGUACGAGACCCGCUGGCACACAUUAAAUACACAACAGGAACACAAACGGAGUCACAGAAAACCUGAUUUAUUUCACAGACGCACUAAACAACCACAAAGAGACAAUAAACAACUGCAAAGACACACAAAACACAGAAAAUGACCACAAAGAGACACAAAAACACACAAUAUCACCACUAAAAUACAGAAAAUGACUACAAAAGGGAACAAAACUACCACAAGGACACACAAAAAGACACUAAAUAACCCAAACAAAAUAAAAAAAUUACUAUAAACAGGCACAAAGUCAUACAAAAUGAAAACAGAGACACAAAAUAACUACAAAGACAUACAAAUGGGCAACAAAGACAAAACUACCACAAAAUGACACAAAAAACUCACAAAAUUAUCACAAUACACAAAAUAACCCACAGAGACACAAAGAAGCCACAAAGAGGCACAAGUGUAUACAAAGUGACACAAAGAGACACAGAAUCACCACAAAAAGACACAAAAUGCAACUAAAGACACACAGACUCACAGCUGCUGAAAGUGGAGAAACGCUGCUGAACAAAAGUGAGAAAAGUUUUUGAGCAGAAAUAUAAAAACAUGACAAACAUCUUCCUGCUGCAUCAGCACGACGACUGUGUGUUAGUGUGUGUGUGUGUGUGUGUGUGUGUGUGUGUGUGUGUGUGUGUGUGUGUGUGUGUGUGUGUGUGUGUGUGUGUGGCCUCAGGCAGGUUGUGUGUCGGCGUUUAAAGUCGUAUUAACAGAAACCUAGAAAGACUGUGCUGCUGAUUCAGCUGAUGUGAGUCGUAGUCGCAGCUGGAAUGUAGAGCUGAUAGCUGCAUGUGGACCGUAUCUACUCUGGAUCUGACAGAUUUAUUAAAGCUCCUCUGGAAAUGUGAGUAGUUUAGGAGUAGUUUCAUGAAUUUCUAGUAGCAGAGAUACUGUGAGGACUUGUAUGUAUUUAAUUAAAAGUUAAAAAGUCUUUCUGUGUAAAUAUCUCAUAACGUGGACAUCUGUGGCUUAUAGACAAGUGCAGCAUAUAUAUGUACAAACUUUUUUCUUUUGAAAUUUAGUGGGUGCGGCUUAUAUUCAGGUGUGCUCAGUAGUCCGGAAAUUACGGGAGUCUAGGUCUGGUUUUGGUCCCAAUCUUGUACUGGUUUUGAACUUUUUUAAGACUGAUUUCACACUGUUUCUAAAACUGGUUUUAGUUUUGGUUUAAGACUGGUUUCUGGCUGGUUCUGAACAUUUUUUUGGACUGGUUUAGGUUUGAUUUUGGUCCCAGUUUAAGACUUUUUAAGGACAGGUUUCAGACCGUCUUGGGUGGGUCUUUGUUUUAACCCCAAGAACACCAAAGCUACCAUCAAGCAUGGUGGUGGUAGUAUCAUGCUCUGUGGAACUGGAGUUUUCAACAAAGUAAAUGGAAUAAUGAAGAAGGAGAAUCACCUCCAUGUUCUUCAGGAAAACCUAAAAGCAUCAGCAGAAGGUUGAUCUUGGACACAGUUGGAUGUUUCAACCAGACAAUGAGUCCAAACACACAUCAGACGUGGUAAAGAAAUGGUUCCAUCAGACUAUAAUGAAGGUUCUACACUGGUCUUCCCAAAGUUCUGACUUAGACCCAUCAAGAACUUGUGGACUGAUGAAGAAACUAAACACUACUUUCAGUCCCAGUAUUUCUACUUUUACAGUUUCUCCAUAAAUACUAUUCCCAGUUUUAAAGAUUUUUCCCCCCAUGUAGUAAAUUUCUAUCUAAGGAUUCUAGUAUUUUCCUCCUAGAACACUAUUUUCUGUCCCAGUAUUUACAGUUUUCAAAGUUUAUCCUCAGUAAACUAAGAGCUGAAGAAGCUUCCAGCUUCUUGGAAAGUCUUCGGACAUCUUUUAGAGGUUUUAGUUUCAUAAGUUCCUGGACAAACGUUUGAUAGUUGGUGUUUGUCCUGAGACUGUGCAGAUGUUGAUCCAGAUGUUCUCCUCCGUCGUGUCGCUGCAGCUCCUCUUUGUUUCCGGAUUAUUCCUUGUCUCCGGGGUUUAGCGUUAAUCUGAGACGCUGAAUGAGGCCGUCACGCUCAGCCGUCCUCGUGCUAAGCUACGUUAGCGCCGCAUUGAAAGCCAGUGACAGCGAGAUGUCCGGAGAGGCGACUCAGGACCCCGGUUUUUCUGUCCACGGCAGCGUUUCCUUUCAGGCGGGAUUUAGGGCCAACGGAGAGGCGUCACGUGACCUGCAGCCAGUCAGCAGAGAGAAGAGACGGUUUAGCAGACGUCAAGACUUCCUGUGAACUCUGACGUCAGCUCGUUUAGACGCACCGAUUAAUCCAGCAGAGAAAAACCAGCUUCAUGACAUGAAUUCAAACCAACAUCAACAGUUAGUAUUUUCCACUAAAGGGUUCUUAUGAUCCUGAAAGUAAAUCAGUGACUUUAUGUCUGUUUGUGGGGAUUUCUUUGGUGUUUUUGAGACUUUUUCCAGUGAUUUGCUUCUUUUUAUGGGAGAUUUUGGCCCCUUUUAUAGGAGUUUUUGCCAUUUUUUUGAAGAUUUUUAAUCUUUUAGUGGUGGUUUUCGUGUUUUCGUGUGGAUAUGUUGUUUUUCUUUCUUUUUGGGUGAUUUUGACUCUUUUUUAUCGUGAACCUCUUUGUGGUGGUUUUGGAUCUGUUUUUGAUGGUUUUGCAUCUUUUUGUUGUGAUUUCAUCUCUCUUUUUGAUGGUUUGGCUGUUUGUGAUUUUGCAUCUCUUUAUGGUGAUUUUGUCUCUUUUUUUGGAGAUUUUCAUCUUUUGUGUUUUGAUUUAGUGUCUUGUUUGGUUUAUUGGUUUUUCGAUUUUGAAUUUAUGGUGGUGACUUUGGGCCUUUAUGGUGGUGUUGUAUUGUAAUAAUUUUGGGUUCUUUUCUAAUGUUUUUUGUCUCUUUCAGAGGAUUUUGGCUCUUUUUUGGUGAUUUUGAUAAUUUUUUGGUAGUUUUGAAUCUUCUUCCAGUCGUUGUCACAAGUUUUUGGUGAUUUUGAAUCUUUUUGCAGUGGUUUUGGGCCUUCAUAGUGGUGAUUUAGUCUUUAUUUGGUGAUUUUGGUACUUCAUCGUAAUGGUUUCAUUGGUGAUUUUGGGCCUUUAUCGUAGUGGUUUUGUCUCAUCUUUGGUGAUUUUGAGUCUCUUUGUGGUGACUUUGUCAUAUUGGAAUAAUUUUGGGUUCUUUGUAAUGAUUUUUGUCUCCUUUUGAGAGGAUUUUGCAUCUUUUUGUGGUGUUGUUGGCUCUUUUUUGUUGAUUUUUAUCUCUAUUUUGGUGGUUUUGAGUGUACAUCCAGUCGUCGUUGUGUACGUCUAAGAGGGAGGUGUGUUUUUUAUCUGUUUGCGUUGAUGCUGCAUGUCAUAUUUGUGUCUCUUUCUGGUCUUUUGUGUGUCCUUGUUGUUGUUUUGUUUCACAUGUUGUCAGUAAAAGUUCAUGAAAUAAGUUCGACUCCAGAGUCUCCAUCAGAUCAACAUAUUUCAGCUUUAAUUUGCUGAAUCCGAUCAGAUGUUUGUGGACUAAAACUCACAAACUUGCGUUUUCUGGCUGCAGCAGCUUCAUCUGUCAAGUGUUUUCCUCUUUAAAGUGACACUCGGCAACUUAAUCCCGUGUUUCCUUUCAGGCUCUAAUCCUGUUUUAGCAGCGAGUCGAGGAUUAAACGUCUCAAAGGGUCGAGUGUUUCUCCGCUAACAUCGCAGGAACCUUCACAAUGAAAUAAAAGCAAACAUCAGUACAAAAAGAAUGAGUGAGGAGUUGUCAGCGUCCUGCUUUCGCUCCCUCAUGAAUAUUCCCAGAAACUUUCCUUCCUCCUCGUCCUCCUGCUGCUGUCCUAGUUGUACCUGCGACAGCACAGGCUGGGUCUAAACACCACGUCGACUGGCUUCUCCCUGCGCUGCCAAGCUGGCGUGGCUACAAAGGAUGUGCUGCAGUAAUGACACAGAUUUAAAGAUGGAGGGGGAGGACGAGGAGCCUCGACAUCCCGUUAAAGCUGCACACAGACGCACCAGCUGUGUUUAACGUCAUGUAAAAUUCAGCCGCUGAAGCCGCCGAUUGAGGCGACAAAUGGCAGAAAAGUGACAAACGGGGAAAAGCGACCUGCAGCAGAGCGGAUUUAAAUAAAAACCGAGAACCAGGAGGAAGAAACUCGUUUUUCUGGAGCCACGAAACCCCCAAGGCCCCGAAUUUAAAGCUUCUGUUUGCAUCAGAUCGUAAUGUAAAGUGCUGAACCUCUGUUUAGACACAACUAUGAAGACAGAAGGGAACUAAAGACUCCAUCCUCGAUAAAAACCAGCAAAGUCUCCAAUGACUCCUGGAACUUUCUGGGAUGGAAUCAUUCAGACACACUUUCACUUCUCAUUCAUUCAGACCUGCUGUUUGAUGGUUCUUGGUUGACUCUUAACCAUCCUGACCAAUCGUCUCUCAGCAGCAGGUGGUAGUUUGUGUUUUCUUCCUGUUGGUGGCAGUAACACAACUGGACCAUGAAUUUUAUUCUGACAAACUGAUGAUUUUGGAUCUGAAGCUGCUUUGAAAUGACUCCAAGUGACUUUCUGACUUGAAUCAUUUCAGACAUAUUUCCAGUCACCUUGGACGAUUCUGGAGUCAAUCUGGACAAUUUUAGUGUCAGUUUGUUCAGUUUUCAGUUAUUCUCGAUGUUUUCAGUCACUUUGGAAUAGUUUUGAGUGCGUUUGGACAACUUAUGAGGCAACUUUGACUGUUUUGGUUUCAAUUUGGACAAAUUAAAAAAAUAUAUAUCAAUUUUUUAGUCACUUUGGACAGUUUUUGAGUGUAUUUAUGAGUCCAUGUAGACGUCUCCAUCAGUCAGUUUGGACCAUUUAUGAGUCAAUUUUUACAGUUUUGGUCGAUUUGGGCAAUUUUUAAAACUGAAUUUAAUCAGAGUUUCAGUUCAUUUUUUGAGGUAAUUUGGUCAAUUUUAGCGCCACUUUGCACAGUUUUUGAAUCAUUAUCAAAAUGUUUUCAGUGACUUUAGAGUGGUUUUGUGGAAAAUUUGGACUAAUUUUGAGUCGACUAUCAGUUUUUGAACCAAUGUAGCCAAGUUUUAAAUAAUUUUAAACAUAUUUUUAGUCACUUUGGACAUUUGUUGAGUGAAUUUAUGUCCAAGUAGACACCUCUUCAGUCACUUUAGGAUGUUUUUGAGUCAAUUUUGACAAUUUUGGGCAUCAACUUAUUCAAUUUUUGAGUUCAAGUCAAUGAUUUUCUUCUUCAGAUGUUUGCUGAGCUCCUCAGACUUUCCCUCUGUAGUGUUUGAGUCUAAUGAGUGGAUCUAAUGGUUCUAUUUAAACUGGAUCAGAGUCAGCUGCUGUAGUCAACUGGAAUCACUCAGAAGAAGUUAAGAGGUCAUGAAACUAAGAAAACUAGAUUAAUGCAACUUUCUACAUCAACAAACUGAUAAUUCAAGUUGCUGUAUGUCUAUUUUUGAUCCACUCCAUUCCAGAAAACAUUUAAUAAAUCUAUGAAAGAACCAAAAUUCAUGAAUGUUUUUUGAAGGAUUCCGUCAUAGAAAGUUCUAAGAGUCAUUGGAGACUAAAGACUCAUGAUCUAAAUGAUCUUUCCAGGUGGAUGGAGCCUUUUGUUGAGCUGCUGACAGAAGACAUUUCUGAGUUCUCUCUCCUUCUUGGUUGUUGUUCUCCUCCAGAGGUUCAGGACUUUCUGUUCCAGGUUGCGUUUUGUCCGUUCAGACUCCGUCUUUGAUAUGAAGCCGGUUUCCUUCUUCAAACGCUGCCUCCUGCUGCUGUUUGUUCGACCUGCUUCGUUCAGCCAAGAACUCAGGACCAGGACACACAAAUCGACCCUCUGAGAUGUUCUGCAGGAUAAAGUGUGUCAGCGACGCUACGCUCGCUAACUAAUAUUCUAAUUAGCACGACAUCAAACCAGGAAAGAGGUCCAGCGGCUCCCAGCAGACGGCAGCCUGUCCAACAGCCCUACCUUCACUCGCAUGUUUCCACCUCCGAGCUGCUGCACAACAAACUUUCCAGGUCGACGCAGAUCCCCGAGGAGACAUCUGACACGAGCUGCUUAUCAGUUUCCUCAUCUGAAGACGCCGAACGCACAGAUACGAGCUGGAGGAAAGGUUUAGAGACACACAACGUUUUACACUUACACAGCCAGGAUUUUAUUCUGAGGGUUCACACGGAACCAAAAUGUGUUUUUAAACAUUUCAUGUCUCGUUGCAAAGUCACAGACAUCAGUUAGGAGACACACAAAACAGCCACAGAAAGACACAAAAUAGCUAAAGUGACACACAAAAGUGACCACAAAGACACAAACAACCACAAAGAGCCACAAAAUGUCUAAAAAGAGAUGAUAAAUGAACAGAAACAUGCACGGAAUGACUGAAAAGAUGCACAAAAUUAUCAAAAAUAAUCACAAAACAACCACAAGUGGACACAAAAUGACCAAAGAGAGCCAUAAAAUAUCUAAAAAAAAAAAACACAUGAAAUGACAACAGAGAGCUAACAAAGGGAGACAAAAUUUAAAGACAAACCCCAACUGAAGGCUGAAAUGCCCAGAAACUUCCAAAAAAUGUCUAAAAAUAGAUGCAAAGCUACCAUAAAGAGGCAUAAAACCAGCACGGAGACACAAAAAGCCCAAAAGCAGACGCAAAACAACCAGAAAAAGAGCCAAAAAAUUCACAAAGAGACAGAAAAUGACUAAAAGCCGACACAAAACAAAUACAAAUACCCUCAAUAAGUCUAAAAACAGACAAAGUGACAAAUAAAAGGCAGAAAGAGGCCACAAGCAGGGACAAAAUGUCUAAAAAUGACCACAAAGACACACAAAACCAGCUGAAACACACACAAGAUUAAUAAAAAUAGAUACAAUAUAACCCCAAAAUGAGAAAACUGAGACAGAAAUGUCUAAAAAUGACCACAAAGACACAAAGCAAUCACAGAAACACACAAAAUUACAACAAAAAGACAUAAAAUGGCCACAAAGACAACAAAAACGGCAAAAAAUUCACACAAAAUGCCUUUAGAUACACCCAAAACAACAAAAAUAUGCACAAAAUUAUUUAACAUACACAAAUGACUAGAAAUACACACAAGACAACAAAAAUACACACAAACUGAAAAAAAUGCAAAUGAAAUGAAUAAAAUAAACACAAAAUAAGUAAAAAUACACACAGAAUGACUAAAAACAUACUUCAAAUUACUGAAAAUACACACAAAACUACUAAAAACUACACACAAAAUGACCACAGAGAGACACAAAACUUCUAAAAAGACACAAAUGGUGUCAAAAUGACCAUAAAGACCCACAAAAUACCAGAAACAGUCAUAAAAUGGCAAGAAAAGAGCCACAAGAACAACAACAAAAACUGCUUUGUUCUCUGUUGUUUUAGUUUUUUCAUCUUUGAGGUCAGAUUAUUCAGAAAUAAACAAUAAAAACAUGGAUUAAAUAAACAUAAACGAUCCUUCAGAGCAGCAGAACUCUGGUUCUAGUGGUUUAACUCUGAGGUUUUUCAGUCUGAGCCUCCAGAGGAACCUUCAUCCUCAGGGGACACCAGGGACAAGGAACCUACAAGGAGAAGCUUUCGUCCAAUCAGGAGGUGAGGAUGUGAGGAGGCGGGGCCAGAGGAUGAAUGGAUCCAGAAGACAUAAAAGAGAGAAAAGUGGUUCAGAGUCCAGAGGAAGGAGGAAACAAACGGAGCAGAAAAUAAAAACAGAAGAAGAAGAAGAAGGUGUUUUUUUCUUUCAUCAGCAGUGAAUUUAUCUUCAGACUAACAGAAGCGAGACAUGAGGAUGACUCCAGACGCCGAAGAGUCCAUCAGGUGUUCAGUCUGCAGCUGUUUGUGUUUCAAACCAGGAAGUGUCCGACUCAGGUCAUGUGAUCGAUGUGGACACGGCUGGGUGGCACACGCCCUGGAGCGGCUCCACCCCCAGCCUCCGUCCGGCUGCGGCCCCGUGGAGGUGGCCCUCCCUGGGCUGGUGUUCGACCUGAGCUCCCUGGUUCUGUACGGCGCUCAGGCGGUUCCGGUCCGGCUGAAGAUCCUGCUGGACCGUCUGUACAGCGUCCUGACACCUGAGCAGGUGGGACACAUCCUGCACACUCUGGGCUGGAGUCUGGGGGAUUAUGUUCGGGGCUACAUGCUGCAGUUUCCCGGUGGGAAGGUGUUGAACCGCUGGCUGAUGGUGACUCCAGAAGAAGAGAUGCUCGUCCUGAAACAGUUCCUUCGCUUCGGCGAGACUCGACCAAUCGUGGAGCUGAUGACGCUUCAGUGCCUGGAAGCUGCCAGUCAUCUCCCUGAUCCAGACCUAAAGCCCACCCCCAAGAGCUGCCAGUCAAACAGGGGAACGCUGACCGUGUUGAGAAACCCAAGAGGAGACUCUCAGUUGGUGGCUGGACUCUGUGGUUUCGAGAGGAAUAGUCCAUCAGACCACAGCGACACUGUCCACCAUUUUGAAAACUUCCCAGGUGGACUUUCCUUGCUUCUGCCGUUCCACUUUGGAAGCUCCGCCUUCCACUGUUUGGUCCCUCCCACCAAGGAGUUUGUUCCUCCCAGUAAACUAACACAGUGCCUCCGAAAACCAGGCGGGACCAAACUGGCCAACAGAAUCAAACAAGGAGGAGGAAGAAGAGAGGAAGGCAGUGGUCCGACUUUGCAGCAGGUUAAAGAUGAACCGGCAUUAAACAUCAAGAUAGACCCAGACAAGCUGAACCCACCUCGGUCACUCUGGCAGCAGAACCCCUCAACCCACAACGAUCAGGAGCUUCUCAGAGAGGAAACCAAACAGGAGAACACCACCUCUGCCUCAUUCUAUCCACCCAUCUCCUCCUCUUCCUCCUCUCCUCUGAAGAUUUCCCAGAAGAUGCGAGGUCCUCCUCCUUCUUCUCUGCAGCCUCUCCCGUCCUUCUCCUCGUCCUUCCUUUGUCCUCUUCCCACCUCCACCUUUUCUUCAUCCCUGCAUCCUCUUCCUUCCUCGUCUUCCUCCCUCCUUCCUCUCCCGUCCUCCCUCUGCUCCCUCCCUUCUCCAUCCCCUGCAGGAGGUCGGAAAGGGAGGGUCUGCUGUGGCGUUUGUGGAAAAAGCUUCUACGACAAAGGAACGCUGAAGAUCCACUACAAUGCUGUCCACCUGAAGAUCAAACACCGCUGUACGGUGGCGGGCUGCACCAUGGUGUUCAGCUCACUGCGCAGCCGAAACCGGCACAGCGCCAACCCAAACCCACGACUGCACACCGGCACCAGCAGGGACGCAAACCCCCACCGAAACUCCCACUGUGACCACACGAGCAUCCACAGUGAAACGCAUGAGGCUAAACAGGCUAACAGAAGCAUAAAUGGCGCGCAAACAGGUAUGUGCAGGGAGUCCACGCUUUGGCAGCAGGGUGAUGACACUUAUAAACUGAAGGUACACACUAUGGAGAACGGGUUAAAUGGCUGGCAGAACAACACACCCCCCCAGGCCGACUCCCCUCAUUCCUCUCCUCACCCUCGAAGCCAACAUGCUGACCACAGCUUCACCCUGAUGAACCCCCAGGCCUCGCCGCCUCCUCUCCUCUCCACCCACAGUGCUCCCUCCCUGGGCUCGCCUCCCUCCCUCGUCCCCCCGGUAGCUCCGGACAAACCCGAACACCGUCGACACCUCGUUGGAUCACCCAUCCAUCCUUGUGGCCCCGCCCACUGUGAAGGCCAAUCCGUGUCACAUGAUGUCGCAGAAGGAAAGCGAGGAGAGGCUCGCACCAAUCAGCAGUGGCGGUGGGAGUCACCUGACCCCACGCCGAAGAAGAAGCCCAGGAAGUCGAGUAUGCCGGUGAAAAUAGAAAGAGAGGCAAAGGAGAGCAGGAAAGACGAAGACGAGGAAGGAUGAAGAGCUGAAGUUGCUAAAACUGAAUCAGUCCAGAAAAACUAAAUCAGCGUUACGUGAUUUUACUUGUUCUGCAUGAUUACAGAUUCUGAAUUGAUGCUCAGAUAUUUCCCUCAACUGACGGCCAAGAAAUUGACUUUGUGCUAAAUUUAGACGUAGAAGAAGCUGUUUUGAAGCUCUGCUGUUCAGCAAAGUUUAAUAAAAAUGGCAGAAAAUGAUCAAUAUUAAAUCUGGAGAUAAAUGUUUUGUUGGUGAGGAGAACCGAUGAAGCCAAAAGCAGGUGAAGAGUUGAUCUUUGUUGUGUUUUUGCACCAGGAACAUGAAUAUAUGAAGUGAAUUCCCAGAUAAUAACAGUUGCCUCGAUUGAUGAGUUUGUUUGUGUUAUUGUGCAUCGUCGGUGUUUUAACACGUCUGGUAUUUCUUGAAAGAAGAUUUAACGUCCACAUGGUGCAGUCGGUUGGAAUAAAAGAUGUUUUUUUUAUUAAUUUCUGAACACCAGAAACUCUUAAAAACUUGUAAAUUCACACAUUUGUAGCUGAUAAGCUGCUCAUAAUUCUGAGAGCUGAGUUUGUGUGAUGCAAGUGUCAAAAUGUAGGGUCAGCAUUUAGCCACCAGAGGGCGGUGCUGCACAGUGACGUUUUGUUGACGGCACAUUUAAAUCAGCAGCUGUUGCACUGACAUUCUUUCUGGUUAAAAAUCUAAGGCUUGGAUUCAUGUAACGAGUUUAAAUAUUGAUUUAAGAUCCUGUAGUGUUAUUUAUGUUGUGAAUUUACCUGAUAUUCAGGAUUAAAACGCUCCAGAAAUGAUAUAAAUUACUACUUUCCUUGACUCUAGCCAGUAUUAUUAAAUCCACUUAAACAUUUUUAAUGUUCAAUAUUAAGUUUCUUCAUUGAGACGAGGACGACUGAACUGUAGAACCUCGACUGGUUUUAUUAGAACUUUUCAACUAAAUUGUGUUUUUCAUUACCAUUCCACAUUCAGCAGG